UCCAUCUACCGCGCCGGUGCCUCCGGCGUCCCCAGAGGUCUCCACCCCCCAGCCCACCUGCCCAGCCCGCUGCCCCUUCCCGUUAUCCCCCCGACCUCAGCCCGGCUCCCACGAGCCUCGUCAUCAUGGGUGAUGGAGGAGAGGGCGAGGACGAAGUCCAGUUCCUGCGGACGGACGAUGAGGUGGUCCUGCAGUGUAGCGCCACAGUCCUCAAGGAGCAGCUGAAGCUGUGCUUGGCGGCCGAGGGCUUCGGCAACCGCCUCUGCUUCCUGGAGCCCACCAGCAACGCCCAGAAUGUGCCCCCUGAUCUGGCCAUCUGCUGCUUCAUCCUGGAGCAGUCCCUGUCGGUCCGUGCCCUGCAGGAGAUGCUGGCCAACACGGUGGAGGCUGGCGUGGAGUCAUCCCAGGGCGGGGGACACAGGACACUCCUGUAUGGCCAUGCCAUCCUGCUCCGGCAUGCACACAGCCGCAUGUACCUGAGCUGCCUCACUACCUCACGCUCCAUGACUGACAAGCUGGCCUUCGACGUGGGGCUGCAAGAGGAUGCGACAGGAGAGGCCUGUUGGUGGACGAUGCACCCAGCCUCCAAGCAGAGAUCUGAAGGCGAGAAGGUUCGUGUGGGUGAUGACAUCAUCCUCGUCAGUGUUUCCUCUGAGCGGUACCUGCACCUGUCGACGGCCAGCGGGGAGCUCCAGGUUGACGCCUCCUUCAUGCAGACACUAUGGAACAUGAACCCCAUCUGCUCCUGUUGUGAAGAGGGCUAUGUGACGGGGGGCCAUGUCCUCCGCCUCUUCCAUGGACAUAUGGACGAAUGCUUGACUAUUUCAGCUGCCGACAGUGAUGACCAGCGCAGGCUUGUCUAUUACGAGGGGGGAGCUGUGUGCACACAUGCCCGCUCCCUCUGGAGACUGGAGCCACUGAGAAUCAGCUGGAGUGGGAGCCACCUGCGCUGGGGCCAGCCGCUGCGAAUCCGACAUGUGACCACUGGGCGGUACCUGGCGCUCACUGAAGAUCAGGGCCUGGUGGUUGUCGACGCCAGCAAGGCCCACACCAAGGCUACCUCUUUCUGCUUCCGCAUCUCCAAGGAGAAGCUGGAUACAGCCCCCAAGCGAGAUGUGGAGGGCAUGGGGCCCCCCGAGAUCAAGUACGGGGAGUCACUGUGUUUUGUGCAGCAUGUGGCCUCGGGCCUGUGGCUUACCUACGCGGCCCCAGACCCCAAGGCGUUGCGGCUGGGCGUGCUGAAGAAGAAGGCCAUGUUGCACCAGGAAGGCCACAUGGACGACGCGCUGUCCCUGAGCCGCUGCCAGCAGGAGGAGUCGCAGGCUGCCCGCAUGAUCCACAGCACGGCUGGCCUCUACAACCAGUUCAUCAAGGGCCUGGACAGCUUCAGCGGGAAGCCACGGGGCUCGGGGCCACCGGCUGGCUCUGCGCUGCCUAUCGAGGCCGUCAUCCUGAGCCUGCAGGACCUCAUCGGCUACUUCGAGCCGCCCUCGGAGGAGUUGCAGCACGAGGAAAAGCAGAGCAAGCUGCGGAGCCUGCGCAACCGCCAGAGCCUCUUCCAGGAGGAGGGCAUGCUCACCCUAGUCCUCAACUGCAUUGACCGCCUGAAUGUCUACACAACUGCUGCCCACUUUGCCGAGUAUGCAGGGGAAGAGGCGGCUGAGUCCUGGAAGGAGAUUGUUAACCUACUCUACGAGCUCCUGGCCUCUCUGAUCCGUGGCAACCGUGCCAACUGUGCCCUCUUCUCCACCAACUUGGACUGGGUGGUCAGCAAGCUGGACCGACUGGAGGCCUCGUCUGGCAUCCUGGAAGUGCUGUACUGUGUCCUGAUUGAGAGCCCCGAGGUGCUGAACAUCAUCCAGGAGAACCACAUCAAGUCCAUCAUCUCCCUGCUGGACAAGCACGGGAGAAACCACAAGGUUCUGGAUGUGCUGUGCUCCCUGUGUGUGUGCAAUGGUGUGGCUGUGCGCUCCAACCAAGAUCUCAUCACUGAGAAUCUGCUCCCGGGCCGUGAGCUUCUGCUGCAGACCAACCUCAUCAACUAUGUCACCAGCAUCCGCCCCAACAUCUUUGUGGGCCGAGCCGAGGGCUCCACGCAGUAUGGCAAAUGGUACUUUGAGGUGAUGGUGGACGAGGUGACUCCCUUUCUCACAGCACAGCCGACGCACCUGCGGGUGGGCUGGGCCCUCACGGAGGGCUACAGUCCCUACCCUGGCGGUGGCGAGGGCUGGGGCGGCAACGGGGUCGGUGAUGACCUCUACUCCUACGGCUUUGACGGGCUGCACCUCUGGACAGGACAUGUGGCACGUCCAGUGACUUCUCCUGGGCAGCACCUGCUGGCCCCCGAGGAUGUGGUCAGCUGCUGCCUGGACCUCAGUGUCCCAUCCAUCUCCUUCCGCAUCAAUGGCUGCCCCGUGCAAGGUGUCUUUGAGGCCUUCAACCUCGACGGGCUCUUCUUUCCGGUCGUCAGCUUCUCUGCUGGUGUCAAGGUGCGGUUCCUUCUCGGUGGCCGCCACGGUGAAUUCAAGUUCCUCCCCCCACCCGGCUAUGCCCCAUGCCACGAGGCUGUGCUCCCUCGAGAGCGACUCCAUCUGGAACCCAUCAAGGAGUACCGGCGGGAAGGGCCCCGGGGCCCCCACCUGGUGGGCCCCAGUCGCUGCCUCUCGCACACUGACUUUGUGCCCUGCCCUGUGGACACUGUCCAGAUUGUCCUGCCUCCCCACCUGGAGCGCAUCCGUGAGAAGCUGGCAGAGAACAUCCAUGAGCUGUGGGCUCUGACGCGCAUCGAGCAAGGCUGGACCUAUGGCCCGGUUCGGGAUGACAACAAGAGGCUGCACCCGUGUCUCGUGGAUUUCCACAGCCUCCCAGAGCCCGAGAGGAAUUACAACUUGCAGAUGUCGGGCGAGACACUCAAGACCUUGCUGGCGCUGGGCUGCCACGUGGGCAUGGCCGAUGAGAAAGCAGAGGACAACUUGAGGAAGACAAAGCUCCCCAAGACGUACAUGAUGAGCAAUGGAUACAAGCCAGCCCCGCUGGACCUGAGCCAUGUGCGGUUGACGCCUGCCCAGACCACGCUGGUGGACCGGCUAGCAGAGAACGGGCACAAUGUGUGGGCACGAGACCGUGUGGCUCAAGGCUGGAGCUACAGCGCGGUGCAGGACAUCCCAGCUCGCCGGAACCCCCGUCUUGUGCCCUACCGCCUGCUAGAUGAGGCCACCAAACGCAGCAACCGGGACAGCCUCUGCCAGGCUGUGCGCACCCUGCUGGGCUAUGGCUACAACAUCGAGCCGCCUGACCAGGAGCCCAGUCAGGUGGAGAACCAGUCUCGAUGGGAUCGGGUGCGCAUCUUCCGGGCAGAGAAAUCCUACGCGGUACAGAGUGGCCGCUGGUACUUUGAGUUCGAGGCUGUCACCACGGGCGAGAUGCGAGUGGGCUGGGCCAGGCCUGAGCUGCGGCCUGACGUGGAGCUGGGAGCUGAUGAGCUGGCCUAUGUCUUCAACGGGCACCGCGGCCAGCGCUGGCACCUGGGCAGUGAACCAUUUGGGCGUCCCUGGCAGUCAGGUGAUGUUGUUGGCUGCAUGAUCGACCUCACUGAGAACACCAUUAUCUUCACCCUCAAUGGCGAGGUCCUCAUGUCUGACUCAGGCUCCGAAACUGCCUUCCGUGAGAUUGAGAUUGGAGACGGCUUCCUGCCCGUCUGUAGCUUGGGACCCGGACAAGUGGGUCACCUGAACCUGGGCCAGGAUGUGAGCUCUCUGCGCUUCUUUGCCAUCUGCGGCCUGCAGGAAGGCUUUGAGCCAUUCGCCAUCAACAUGCAGCGCCCAGUCACCACAUGGUUCAGCAAAAGCCUUCCUCAGUUUGAGCCUGUGCCCCCUGAGCACCCCCACUAUGAGGUGGCACGCAUGGAUGGCACUGUGGACACACCCCCCUGCCUACGCCUGGCCCACCGCACUUGGGGCUCCCAGAACAGCCUUGUGGAGAUGUUGUUCCUCCGCUUGAGUCUCCCAGUCCAGUUCCACCAGCACUUCCGGUGCACCGCGGGGGCCACACCUCUGGCUCCUCCUGGCCUGCAGCCACCAGCAGAGGAUGAGGCCCGCGCAGCAGAACCAGACCCAGAUUAUGAAAACCUGCGCCGCUCAGCCGGAGGUUGGGGCGAGGCUGACGGAGGCAAGGAGGGAACUGCCAAGGAGGGGACAGCCGGAGGCACCCCGCAGCCUGGGGUGGAGGCCCAGUCUGUGAGGGCGGAGAAUGAAAAGGAUGCCACAACUGAGAAGAACAAGAAGAGAGGGUUCUUGUUCAAGGCCAAGAAAGCCGCCAUGAUGACCCAGCCCCCAGCCACCCCUGCUCUGCCCCGGCUCCCUCACGAUGUGGUGCCUGCCGACAACCGUGAUGACCCUGAGAUCAUCCUCAACACCACCACGUACUACUACUCUGUGAGGGUCUUUGCUGGUCAGGAGCCCAGCUGCGUGUGGGUGGGCUGGGUCACCCCCGACUACCAUCAGCACGACAUGAACUUUGACCUCAGCAAGGUCCGGGCAGUGACGGUGACCAUGGGAGAUGAACAAGGCAACGUCCAUAGCAGCCUCAAGUGCAGCAACUGCUACAUGGUGUGGGGAGGGGACUUCGUGAGCCCCGGCCAGCAGGGCCGGAUCAGCCACACAGACCUUGUCAUUGGGUGCCUGGUGGACUUGGCUACUGGCUUAAUGACCUUCACGGCCAAUGGUAAAGAGAGCAACACCUUUUUCCAGGUGGAGCCCAACACGAAGCUCUUUCCUGCUGUCUUUGUCCUGCCCACUCACCAGAAUGUCAUUCAGUUUGAGCUGGGGAAGCAGAAGAACAUCAUGCCGCUGUCAGCCGCCAUGUUCCUGAGUGAGCGCAAGAACCCAGCGCCGCAGUGCCCGCCACGGCUGGAGGUGCAGAUGCUGAUGCCCAUCUCCUGGAGCCGCAUGCCCAACCAUUUCCUGCAGGUGGACACGCGGCGUGCCGGCGAGCGCCUUGGCUGGGCGGUGCAGUGCCAGGAGCCCCUGACCAUGAUGGCACUACACAUCCCGGAGGAGAACCGGUGCAUGGACAUCCUGGAGUUGUCGGAGCGCCUAGACCUGCAGCGUUUCCAUUCGCACACCCUCCGCCUGUAUCGCGCGGUGUGCGCCCUGGGCAACAACCGCGUGGCUCAUGCUCUGUGCAGCCACGUGGACCAGGCGCAGCUGCUGCACGCCCUGGAGGAUGCGCACCUGCCCGGCCCCCUGCGUGCAGGCUACUACGACCUCCUCAUCAGCAUCCACCUGGAGAGUGCCUGCCGCAGCCGCCGCUCCAUGCUCUCGGAGUACAUUGUGCCCCUCACACCCGAGACCCGCGCCAUCACGCUCUUCCCCCCUGGACGGAAGGCAGAAAACGGGGCCCGCCGCCACGGCCUGCCCGGCGUGGGAGUCACCACCUCGCUGAGGCCUCCACACCAUUUCUCUCCUCCGUGUUUCGUGGCCGCCCUGCCAGCUGCGGGAGUCGCAGAAGCCCCUGCCCGCCUCAGCCCCGCCAUCCCUCUGGAAGCUCUGCGGGACAAGGCGCUGAGAAUGCUGGGGGAGGCCGUGCGCGACGGUGGGCAGCACGCCCGCGACCCUGUCGGGGGCUCCGUGGAGUUUCAGUUCGUGCCGGUGCUCAAGCUUGUGUCUACGCUGCUGGUGAUGGGCGUCUUUGGCGAUGAGGAUGUGAAGCAGAUCUUAAAGAUGAUCGAACCUGAAGUUUUCAAGGAGGAAGAAGAGGAGGAAGAGGAGGAGGAAGAAGAGGAGGAGGAGGAAGAUGAAGAGGAAAAGGAAGAGGAUGAGGAGGAAGAGGAACAGGAAAAGGAAGAUGACGAAAAAGAGGAUGAGGAGGCAGCAGAAGGGGAAAAAGAAGAAGGCUUGGAGGAGGGGCUGCUCCAAAUGAAGCUGCCAGAGUCUGUGAAGUUACAGAUGUGCCACCUCCUCGAGUAUUUCUGUGACCAAGAGUUGCAGCAUCGCGUGGAGUCCCUGGCUGCCUUCGCUGAGCGCUAUGUGGACAAGCUCCAGGCCAACCAGCGGAGCCGCUACCACCUCCUGAUGAAAGCCUUCACCAUGAGUGCUGCUGAGACUGCGAGGCGCACCCGCGAGUUCCGCUCCCCACCCCAGGAGCAGAUCAACAUGCUGUUGCACUUCAAAGAUGGUGCAGAUGAGGAAGAAUGUCCACUCCCAGAGGAGAUUCGGCAGGACCUGCAGGACUUCCAUCAAGACCUGCUGACACACUGUGGAAUUCAGCUGGAGGGGGAGGAGGAAGAGCCAGAGGAGGAGACCACGCUGGGCAGCCGCCUGAUGAGCCUGUUGGAGAAGGUGCGGCUGGUGAAGAAGAAGGAGGAGAAACCCGAGGAGGAGCCACCAGCGGAGGAGAGCAAACCCCAGUCCCUGCAGGAGCUGGUGUCCCACAUGGUGGUGCGCUGGGCCCAGGAAGACUACGUGCAGAGCCCGGAGCUGGUGCGGGCCAUGUUUAGCCUCCUCCACCGGCAGUACGAUGGACUCGGCGAGCUGCUGCGUGCCCUGCCCCGGGCAUACACCAUCUCGCCAUCCUCAGUGGAGGACACCAUGAGCCUGCUCGAGUGCCUCGGCCAGAUCCGCUCCCUGCUCAUCGUGCAGAUGGGCCCCCAGGAGGAGAACCUCAUGAUCCAGAGCAUUGGGAACAUCAUGAACAACAAAGUCUUCUACCAACACCCGAACCUGAUGAGGGCCCUGGGCAUGCACGAGACCGUCAUGGAGGUCAUGGUGAAUGUGCUGGGGGGUGGUGAAACCAAGGAGAUCCGCUUCCCCAAGAUGGUGACCAGCUGCUGCCGCUUCCUCUGCUACUUCUGCCGCAUCAGCAGGCAGAACCAGCGCUCCAUGUUUGACCACCUGAGCUACCUGCUGGAGAACAGCAGCAUUGGUCUGGGGAUGCAAGGUUCCACACCCCUGGACGUGGCUGCCGCCUCUGUUAUUGACAACAACGAGUUAGCCUUGGCGUUGCAGGAGCAGGACUUGGAAAAGGUCGUAUCCUAUCUGGCAGGCUGCGGCCUGCAGAGCUGUUCGAUGCUGCUGGCCAAAGGCUACCCUGACAUCGGCUGGAAUCCCUGCGGUGGCGAGCGCUACCUGGACUUCCUGCGCUUUGCUGUCUUCGUCAACGGUGAGAGCGUGGAGGAGAAUGCCAACGUGGUGGUGCGGCUGCUCAUUCGCAAACCUGAGUGCUUUGGGCCUGCCCUGCGCGGUGAGGGUGGCUCUGGGCUGCUGGCCGCCAUUGAGGAGGCCAUUCGCAUCUCGGAGGACCCUGCAAGGGAUGGCCCAGGCGUCCGCAGGGACCGGCGGCGCGAACACUUUGGGGAGGAGCCCCCUGAAGAAAAUCGCGUGCACCUGGGCCACGCCAUCAUGUCCUUCUAUGCUGCCCUGAUCGACCUGCUGGGCCGCUGCGCACCAGAGAUGCAUCUCAUCCAAGCCGGCAAGGGUGAAGCCCUGAGGAUCCGUGCCAUCCUUCGCUCCCUCGUGCCCCUAGACGAUCUCGUGGGCAUCAUCAGUCUCCCCCUGCAGAUCCCAACCCUGGGCAAAGAUGGGGCUCUGGUGCAGCCCAAGAUGUCGGCGUCCUUCGUGCCGGACCACAAGGCUUCCAUGGUGCUCUUCCUGGACCGUGUGUAUGGCAUCGAGAACCAGGACUUCCUGCUGCAUGUGCUGGAUGUGGGCUUCUUGCCUGACAUGAGGGCUGCAGCCUCGCUGGACACGGCCACCUUCAGCACCACGGAGAUGGCUCUGGCACUGAACCGGUACCUGUGCCUGGCUGUGCUGCCGCUCAUCACCAAGUGCGCGCCACUCUUUGCGGGCACGGAGCACCGCGCCAUCAUGGUGGACUCCAUGCUGCACACCGUGUACCGCCUGUCGCGGGGCCGCUCGCUCACCAAGGCGCAGCGUGACGUCAUCGAGGACUGCCUCAUGGCUCUGUGCAGGUACAUCCGCCCAUCCAUGCUGCAGCACCUGCUGCGGCGCCUGGUGUUCGACGUGCCAAUCCUGAACGAGUUUGCCAAGAUGCCGCUCAAGCUCCUCACCAACCACUAUGAGCGCUGCUGGAAGUACUACUGCCUCCCCACGGGCUGGGCUAACUUUGGGGUCACCUCAGAGGAGGAGCUGCACCUCACACGCAAACUCUUCUGGGGCAUAUUCGACUCUCUGGCCCAUAAGAAGUACGACCAGGAGCUGUACCGCAUGGCCAUGCCUUGUCUGUGUGCCAUCGCGGGGGCCCUGCCCCCCGACUACGUGGAUGCCUCCUAUUCUUCCAAGGCAGAGAAGAAGGCCACAGUGGACGCUGAAGGCAACUUUGACCCUCGGCCGGUGGAGACCCUCAAUGUGAUCAUCCCGGAGAAGCUGGACUCCUUCAUCAACAAGUUUGCAGAGUACACACACGAGAAGUGGGCCUUCGACAAGAUCCAGAACAGCUGGUCCUAUGGAGAGAACAUAGAUGAAGAACUGAAGACCCACCCCAUGCUGAGGCCCUACAAGACGUUUUCAGAGAAGGACAAAGAGAUUUACCGCUGGCCCAUAAAGGAAUCCUUGAAGGCCAUGAUCGCCUGGGAGUGGACGAUAGAGAAGGCCCGGGAGGGUGAGGAGGAGAAGACAGAGAAGAAAAAGACACGCAAGAUUUCCCAGAGUGCCCAGACCUAUGAUGCCCGAGAAGGCUACAACCCCCAGCCCCCUGACCUCAGUGGAGUCACCCUGUCCCGGGAGCUGCAGGCCAUGGCAGAACAACUGGCAGAAAAUUACCACAACACGUGGGGGCGAAAGAAGAAGCAGGAGCUGGAAGCCAAGGGUGGUGGGACCCACCCGCUGCUGGUCCCCUACGACACGCUCACAGCCAAGGAGAAAGCACGAGAUCGAGAGAAGGCCCAGGAGCUGCUCAAGUUCCUGCAGAUGAACGGCUAUGCGGUCACCAGAGGCCUGAAGGACAUGGAGCUGGACACGUCUUCUAUCGAGAAGCGGUUCGCCUUUGGCUUCCUGCAGCAGUUGCUGCGCUGGAUGGACAUUUCCCAGGAGUUUAUCGCCCACCUGGAGGCUGUGGUCAGCAGCGGACGAGUGGAGAAGUCCCCACAUGAGCAGGAGAUUAAAUUCUUUGCCAAGAUCCUGCUCCCCUUGAUCAACCAGUACUUCACCAACCACUGCCUCUACUUCCUGUCCACGCCUGCCAAAGUGCUGGGCAGUGGGGGCCACGCCUCCAACAAGGAGAAGGAAAUGAUCACCAGCCUCUUCUGUAAGCUGGCCGCCCUUGUUCGCCACCGAGUCUCUCUCUUUGGCACGGACGCCCCAGCCGUAGUCAACUGUCUUCACAUCCUGGCCCGCUCCCUGGAUGCCAGGACGGUGAUGAAAUCAGGCCCCGAGAUCGUCAAGGCCGGCCUCCGCUCCUUCUUUGAGAGUGCCUCAGAGGACAUUGAGAAGAUGGUGGAGAACCUGCGGCUGGGCAAGGUGUCCCAGGCACGCACGCAGGUGAAGGGCGUGGGCCAGAACCUCACCUACACCACCGUGGCCCUGCUGCCUGUCCUCACCACGCUCUUCCAGCACAUCGCGCAGCACCAGUUCGGAGACGACGUCAUCUUGGAUGACGUUCAGGUGUCCUGCUACCGAACACUGUGCAGCAUCUACUCCCUGGGAACCACCAAGAAUACUUAUGUGGAAAAACUGCGACCAGCCCUCGGGGAGUGCCUGGCCCGCCUAGCAGCCGCCAUGCCCGUGGCCUUCUUGGAGCCUCAGCUGAACGAGUAUAAUGCCUGCUCGGUGUACACCACCAAGUCCCCCAGGGAGCGAGCCAUCCUGGGGCUUCCCAACAGCGUGGAGGAGAUGUGCCCUGACAUCCCUGUGCUGGAGCGGCUCAUGGCAGACAUCGGGGGGCUGGCCGAGUCCGGGGCUCGCUACACGGAGAUGCCACAUGUCAUUGAGAUCACACUGCCCAUGCUGUGCAGUUACCUGCCCCGCUGGUGGGAGCGCGGGCCUGAGGCGCCCUCGCCUGCAUUGCCCUCCGGGGCGCCCCCGCCCUGCACUGCGGUCACGUCUGACCACCUCAACUCCCUGUUGGGCAACAUCCUGCGCAUCAUUGUCAACAACCUGGGCAUCGAUGAAGCCACCUGGAUGAAGCGGCUUGCUGUGUUUGCCCAGCCCAUCGUGAGCCGGGCACGGCCUGAGCUCCUGCACUCUCACUUCAUCCCCACCAUUGGGCGGCUGCGCAAGCGGGCGGGCAAGGUCGUAGCCGAAGAGGAGCAGCUGCGGCUGGAGGCCAAGGCGGAGGCCGAGGAGGGCGAGCUCCUGGUGCGGGAUGAGUUCUCUGUGCUCUGCCGGGACCUAUACGCCCUCUACCCACUGCUCAUCCGCUAUGUGGACAACAACAGGGCACACUGGCUCACGGAGCCCAACCCCAGUGCUGAGGAGUUAUUCCGGAUGGUGGGCGAGAUCUUCAUCUAUUGGUCCAAGUCCCACAACUUUAAGCGUGAGGAGCAGAACUUCGUGGUCCAGAAUGAGAUCAACAACAUGUCCUUCCUGACGGCUGACAGCAAGAGCAAGAUGGCCAAGUCGGGCGGCUCGGACCAGGAACGCACCAAGAAGAAGCGUCGGGGUGACCGGUACUCAGUACAGACAUCGCUGAUCGUGGCCACACUGAAAAAGAUGCUGCCCAUCGGCCUGAACAUGUGCGCACCCACUGACCAGGACCUCAUCGCGCUGGCCAAGACCCGCUACGCCCUGAAAGACACCGACGAGGAGGUCCGGGAGUUUCUGCAGAACAACCUUCACCUGCAAGGAAAGGUAGAAGGUUCCCCAUCCCUGCGCUGGCAGAUGGCGCUCUACCGGGGCCUGCCUGGCCGCGAGGAGGGCACUGACGACCCGGAGAAAAUCGUCCGCAGGGUUCAGGAGGUGUCAGCGGUGCUCUACCACCUGGAACAGACCGAGCACCCUUACAAAUCCAAGAAGGCCGUGUGGCACAAGCUGCUAUCCAAGCAGCGCCGGCGAGCCGUGGUGGCCUGCUUCCGGAUGACGCCGCUGUACAACUUGCCCACACACCGGGCUUGUAACAUGUUCCUGGAGAGUUACAAGGCUGCCUGGAUCCUGACCGAGGACCACAGUUUCGAGGAUCGCAUGAUAGAUGAUCUUUCAAAAGCUGGGGAGCAGGAGGAAGAGGAGGAGGAAGUGGAGGAGAAGAAGCCAGACCCCCUGCACCAGCUGGUCCUGCACUUUAGCCGAACAGCCUUAACGGAAAAGAGCAAACUGGAUGAGGAUUACCUGUACAUGGCCUACGCCGACAUCAUGGCCAAGAGCUGCCACUUGGAGGAGGGAGGGGAGAACGGCGAAGCUGAAGAAGAGGAGGUUGAGGUCUCCUUUGAGGAGAAAGAGAUGGAGAAGCAGAGGCUCCUGUACCAGCAGUCGCGGCUGCACAACCGCGGGGCUGCCGAGAUGGUGCUGCAGAUGAUCAGUGCCUGCAAAGGAGAGACAGGUGCCAUGGUGUCCUCCACUCUGAAGCUGGGUAUCUCCAUCCUCAACGGAGGCAACGCCGAGGUGCAGCAGAAAAUGCUGGAUUAUCUGAAGGACAAGAAGGAAGUUGGCUUCUUCCAGAGCAUCCAGGCGCUGAUGCAGACCUGCAGUGUCCUGGAUCUCAAUGCCUUCGAGAGACAGAACAAGGCAGAGGGGCUGGGCAUGGUGAAUGAAGAUGGAACUGGAGAGAAGGUCAUGGCUGAUGAUGAAUUCACACAAGACCUGUUCCGAUUUCUGCAGUUGCUCUGCGAAGGACAUAAUAAUGAUUUCCAAAACUACCUGCGGACACAGACUGGGAACACCACCACAAUCAACAUUAUCAUCUGCACAGUGGACUACCUCCUGCGAUUGCAGGAGUCCAUCAGCGACUUCUACUGGUACUACUCGGGCAAGGACGUCAUUGAGGAGCAGGGCAAGAGAAACUUCUCCAAGGCCAUGUCUGUGGCCAAGCAGGUGUUCAACAGCCUCACCGAGUAUAUCCAGGGCCCCUGCACCGGAAACCAGCAGAGCCUGGCACACAGCCGCCUCUGGGACGCCGUGGUGGGAUUCUUGCACGUGUUUGCCCACAUGAUGAUGAAGCUGGCUCAGGACUCGAGCCAGAUCGAGCUGCUGAAGGAACUGCUGGACCUCCAGAAAGACAUGGUGGUGAUGCUGCUGUCACUACUGGAAGGGAACGUGGUAAACGGCAUGAUCGCGCGGCAGAUGGUGGACAUGCUGGUUGAGUCGUCGUCCAACGUGGAGAUGAUCCUCAAGUUCUUUGACAUGUUCCUGAAACUCAAGGACAUUGUGGGCUCCGAGGCGUUCCAGGACUACGUCACAGAUCCCCGAGGCCUCAUCUCCAAGAAGGACUUCCAGAAGGCCAUGGACAGCCAAAAGCAAUUCACCGGACCAGAAAUCCAGUUUCUGCUUUCCUGCUCCGAAGCCGAUGAGAAUGAGAUGAUCAACUUUGAGGAGUUCGCCAACCGCUUCCAGGAGCCGGCCCGCGACAUAGGCUUCAACGUGGCUGUGCUGCUGACCAACCUGUCGGAGCAUGUGCCGCACGACCCGCGCCUGCGCAACUUCCUGGAGCUAGCUGAGAGCAUCCUGGAGUACUUCCGGCCCUACCUGGGCCGCAUCGAGAUCAUGGGCUCCUCGCGCCGCAUCGAGCGUAUCUACUUCGAGAUCUCUGAGACCAACCGGGCCCAGUGGGAGAUGCCGCAGGUGAAGGAAUCCAAGCGCCAGUUCAUCUUCGACGUGGUCAACGAGGGCGGAGAGGCGGAAAAGAUGGAACUCUUCGUGAGCUUCUGCGAGGACACCAUCUUCGAGAUGCAGAUCGCCGCACAGAUCUCGGAGCCCGAGGGCGAGCCUGAAGCUGACGAGGAAGAGGGCGCCGCUGAGGAGGGCGCCGAGGAGGGUGCGGCGGGCCCCGAGGGAGCGGCGGGCACGGCGGCGGCGGGCGCCACGACGCGGCUGUCGGCGCUCGCGGCCCGGGCGCUGCGCGGCCUCAGCUACCGCAGCCUGCGGCGGCGCGUGCGGAGACUGCGGCGGCUGACGGCGCGGGAGGCGGCUACCGCCCUGGCCGCGCUGCUCUGGGCCGUGGUGGCGCGCGCGGGCGCGGCGGGCGCAGGGGCUGCGGCGGGGGCGCUGCACCUGCUCUGGGGGUCGCUCUUCGGCGGUGGUCUGGUGGAGGGUGCCAAGAAAGUGACAGUGACCGAGCUGCUGGCCGGCAUGCCCGACCCCACGGGGGAUGAGGUGCACGGCGAGCAGCCAGCGGGCCCCGGCGGCGACGCAGACGGCGCGGGCGAGGGCGAAGGCGAGGGCGACACGGCGGAGGGUGCCGGCGACGAGGAGGUGGCAGGUCACGAGGCUGGGCCAGGCGGCGCUGAGGGGGCAGUAGCUGUGACCGAAGGGGGCCCCUUCCGGCCCGAGGGCCCUGGCGGCCUCGGGGACAUGGGUGACACCACACCAGUGGAGCCACCCACGCCCGAGGGCUCGCCCAUCCUCAAGAGGAAGCUGGGGGUGGAUGGAGAGGAGGAGGAGGAGCUGAUUCCAGAACCCGAACCAGAGCCAGAGCCAGAGCCAGAGAAGGCAGAUGAGGAGAAUGGAGAGAAGGAAGAAGUCCCAGAGACACCCCCAGAGCCCCCCAAGAAAGCACCUCCUCCACCUCCCGCAAAGAAGGAAGAAGCCAGAGGCGUCGGCAUGGAGUUCUGGGGAGAGCUGGAAGUGCAGAGGGUCAAGUUCUUGAACUACCUCUCCCGGAACUUCUACACACUGCGCUUCCUCGCCCUCUUCUUGGCGUUCGCCAUUAACUUCAUCCUGCUAUUUUAUAAGGUCUCAGAUUCCCCGCCAGGGGAGGAUGACUUUGAGGGCUCCGCAGCUGGGGACCUGUCCGGGGCAGGGUCUGGAGGUGGCUCCGGCUGGGGCUCGGGGCCUGGCGAGGAGGCCGAGGGCGACGAGGAUGAGAACAUGGUCUACUACUUCCUGGAGGAGAGCACGGGCUACAUGGAGCCCGCCCUAUGGUGCCUGAGCCUGCUGCACACGCUGGUGGCUUUCCUUUGCAUUAUCGGUUACAACUGCCUCAAGGUACCCCUGGUGAUAUUUAAACGGGAGAAGGAGCUGGCCCGGAAGCUGGAGUUUGAUGGCCUCUACAUCACAGAACAGCCCGAGGACGAUGACGUGAAGGGCCAGUGGGACCGGCUGGUACUCAACACACCGUCUUUCCCCAGCAACUACUGGGACAAGUUUGUCAAGCGGAAGGUCCUGGACAAACACGGGGACAUCUUCGGGCGGGAGCGCAUCGCCGAGCUACUGGGCAUGGACCUGGCCUCACUGGAGAUCACAGCCCACAAUGACCGCAAGCCCGACCCCCCUCCGGGCCUACUGACCUGGCUCAUGUCCAUUGAUGUCAAGUAUCAGAUCUGGAAGUUUGGGGUGAUCUUCACCGACAAUUCAUUCCUGUAUCUGGGGUGGUAUAUGGUGAUGUCCCUCCUGGGCCACUACAACAACUUCUUCUUCGCCGCCCACCUGCUGGACAUCGCCAUGGGGGUCAAGACGCUGCGCACCAUUCUCUCCUCAGUCACCCACAAUGGGAAACAGCUGGUGAUGACCGUGGGCCUCCUGGCAGUGGUGGUCUACCUGUACACGGUGGUGGCCUUCAACUUCUUCCGUAAGUUCUACAACAAGAGUGAGGACGAGGAUGAGCCUGACAUGAAGUGCGAUGACAUGAUGACGUGUUACUUGUUUCACAUGUACGUGGGUGUGCGAGCCGGUGGAGGCAUCGGGGAUGAGAUUGAGGACCCAGCAGGCGAUGAAUAUGAGCUCUACCGCGUGGUCUUCGACAUCACUUUCUUCUUCUUCGUCAUCGUCAUCCUGCUGGCCAUCAUCCAGGGUCUCAUUAUUGAUGCUUUUGGGGAACUCCGAGACCAGCAGGAGCAAGUAAAGGAAGAUAUGGAGACCAAGUGCUUCAUCUGUGGAAUUGGCAGCGAUUACUUUGACACCACGCCGCACGGCUUUGAGACACACACGCUGGAGGAGCACAACCUGGCCAAUUAUAUGUUUUUCCUGAUGUAUCUGAUCAACAAGGACGAGACUGAACACACUGGUCAGGAGUCUUACGUCUGGAAGAUGUAUCAGGAGAGGUGUUGGGACUUCUUCCCAGCCGGUGACUGUUUCCGCAAGCAAUAUGAGGACCAGCUGGGCUGAGCCGCCACAGCUGGCCCUCUGCAUCCACCCGAAGUGCCUUAUUCUGUAAGCCCCCCAGACUCCUCCCACGUACCCCUCUAGGGUGGGAAAGGCUCCCUGUACCCAAGAAAUAAAAAAGUCUGUGCUACCCUUCU